AUGGCCGUGACGAUGGCCAAGAAGAUGACGAAGAGGCUGUCCAAGUACAGGAGCAUGGUGGCGGACAUGCACAUGAACGGGACCAUCGAUAGCGACACGUUCGAGCGCUUGACCAAGACCAUAGACGCGAACCCGAUCAGGUCCAUCCAGGAGGUCAGCGCCAUAGACCGAGAACUCGAUGAUAUUGCCGGCCAUGCCCUAGCGCCUCUCGACCUCGACCCCGUGCCCGAGAUCCCGCAGAUCUGCGUCGACGAGGUCAGCAGCGACUACGAGCCGACGCCGCUUGCCGAUGUCGAGCCCGACAAGUGGACCGUACUCGACGCCCCGCCGAUCAUCGAGACCGAGAACGACAACUUGGACCAGGACGCGAGCCGAAGCACGGACGUCAACGAGAACAGGAACGAGAUCGAGCCUGAGAGCAAGAGCGUGAGUGAGACCGCGCCCGAGUCUGAGAGCUCGGACGGCCACCUAUUCCCGACCUGCGUCAGGUGCUUGUCCGCGACCAUGAUCAAGUUCUCGUCCGGCAGCGUGCCUGCAAUGCCGACCCCCACCGCGGAUACGUACGACAACGCCGUCGUGAUGACCCUCUGCCUCAUGUGCGAGGUUGAGGACGAGCAGCUCAACGACGUCGACGACGUGGACAAGAAGAAGUACGCGAGCUCGUCCCGCGCCAUGAACUCGUUCCGCACCUUGAAGCUGAACCCGGCGCUGAUCAAGGGCUCAGACGUGCUCAAGGCCGCGGAGUUGAUCGUGGGCGAGCCCGUGACCACCAUGAAGUCCGACUCCAAGCUUAUGUUCGUGACCAGAGACCUCAUCAAGUCGAAGAUCGGCGUCUCGGACAGGAUGUCGAGCAUGAAUCUGUCCAAGGUCGAGAGCGGGGAUGCGUCCCAAGUCAAGCUCCCGUACCUGUCCGGAGGCUUCUUCUAG